UCUCCUAAAAGGGCCAAAAGAAUCUGGGGCCAACUCUAUCAUGCUGGUCCACUGGUCCCUAUUGUCUUAACGUGAGAUCUAACCCACCGGCGACGCGAAACCUCCAAGGCCAACUCAAUCUUGUCUGCUAGCCGGCCAUGCCUCUGUCUCCCGCCGAUCCUUCAGUUCACCACCUAAGUUCCUUCCUCUCUCAAUCUUCGCCACGUUGAUUUCUCCUACUUUCCCGAACUACCCUUAGCGUGAUUGUCUGUUUAAAUCAUUCGGGAAAUAAUAACCAAACCUUGAGCUGUCAUGUUCCCUUGUUAUUAUUACACGACAAGUCAGACGUGUACUUUAGAUUCUUGAGGCUAUUUUCUUCUUCCUCGAUUGUUCUUAUAUAUAAACUCGUCACAAGGUCGUCUGAUCUUUCAAUUCACAAAUCACAAACAACAACAACUUGGUACGUAUACUCUACAUACACAAACAUCAAACUCACGAGACAUAUAAACAAAGAAAAAUGGGUGCAUGCGUUUCACGUGAAUGUAUGAGGGGAGAUUCGGCGAAGCUAAUAUUGCUGGACGGGACAUUAGAAGAGUUCUCGUAUCCGGUCAAAGUUUGGCAGAUCUUGCAGAUAUACCCGACGAGUUUCGUAUGUAACUCAGACGAAAUGGACUUCGACGAUACAGUUUCAGCAGUCUCUGGUAACGAAGAGCUCCGAUUGGGGCAACUUUACUUCGUUUUACCGCUGACGUGGCUCAGUCAUCCCCUAAGGGCGGAGGAAAUGGCGACGCUGGCCGUUAAAGCAAGCUCCGCGUUGACCAAGAGCGGCGGAGUCAGUUGCGCUGACUCCAUUUGGGAAAUAAAUUACCAAUCCAAAAAAAUCGCCCGAGCGAAGACAAAUGGCGGUGGUGGAAGAGGCUGUGGCAAAGGGAAGAGGAGAUUUACGGCGAAUUUGAGCAGCAUCGCCGAGUAGGGUCAACUUAGUGGAGCAAACCAUAAAAAUAAAUCGACCGACGUAGAAACUGUAGUUAGAGACGUUUGACUUUAAUUUUCUAAUGGAGAAAAACAAAAUGAUCCAUUACUUUUGGAUUUUUUUUUCUAUAUUUGGUUGCUUAGAAUUUGAGAAAUGGACACGAGGAGGAGGAGGAGGAGGAUGAUAUUAUAGUGAUGUGAUUCCAAUCUUGAAUCUAAUGCAAUUUUUCCGAAGGCAAGUUAAUCAUCUAACACGUACAUAAAUGUUCGACGUCUAACAAGUUUAUGAAUCUCUCUAAUAAUUAACCGGCAUGAUCGAACAAGCUGGCGUUUACAUACCAUCAAAAUUAAUUAAUACGAAUAAAUUUCAUUUGGCAGCUUCUCUAAGAAUAAGAUAUCUGAAUGUAAAGCUGGGAGGGUUCCAAUCAAUGGCCUUGCGUGAUUUACUACGACAUCCCUUAAGACAUUGUAUUGAAGAUUCCGGUAUGCUUCGGUUAAGUUCAUUCUUAUAUACUAUUCUUUCGACGUUUCUAGCUCUUGCUUGAUUCUUUUUGGUGUAUAUACACGAACCUAUUUUAAACAAAACAACAAUCCAAGAAGCACAUACUUCAGCGCUUUUUUUGGGCAAUUAUUCAAAAGGGUUUCAAU